CAUUGCUCCUUGCAACAUUUUCUGCUUCUCGAAUCAAGAGAAAACGUGUGUAAUGUAUUUGCUCUUAAUGUUAACGUUUUCCGAUUUCUCACUAUAUAUAAAACGGUAAACGCUAACGGAACGCGAAACGCGAGCAACUUCGCAUCGGUGCAAUUCGCGCGCGUGUCGCGUGCAGAGUAGUAGUUUUAUAACCUCGUGUUGGACGGGCAAGACGGAAUUCGUGAUAUAGAUUAUAGAUCGUAUACCGUAGAGAGAACAAUUCAUCAAGAUAUCGAAGUCAAGUUUGCGCGGCAUUUGUCAGAAGUUUCGCUCAGAGAACAGGUGAAAAAUCGCAGAAGAAUAUGAGCCCAUUGAACAGAGGUCCUCUUAUGGCGCCCAGAUUGCCGCCGGCCGGCGUGCGGCAACUUCCGCCGCCCAGGUUUGCGGGUAGACUAACACCGCGUGGCAUGCCACCAAGGAUGUUACCGCCGCCGUUGAAUCCGAUGUACGGUCCGGGUGGACCUCGGCAGAGAUUGCCGCCACCGCGGCCCACUGGCGGCAUGUCUCGGCCCAACGGCAUGCUGCCGAGGUUCCCGGGCGGUCCCAGAGCACGCGGCAUGGCGCUCAUCGUGCCGUCAAUGGGACCCCGCGGUUCUGGAUUACCACGCGGGCCUCCCAUGCGGCCGUGGCCUCGACGAAUGCCACCGCUACCGAUGAUGCCGCCUAUAAGAACCAGGUACAGUGUGGGCAAUGGGAAUGCCAAGGGCAAGGCGAUUGGUAACCAAAAGAAAGGCAAGAACGAAGAAUUAGAAUUAAAAAAACCAUGGAUGACAGACGAUAUUCGUAAUGAGAUUCAAAGAAAAAACAAACUGUACGCAAAGGCGAAAAAGAACAAAGAUGCAAUAGAAUGGGAGGAAUUUAAGGAUCUUCGAAACAAAGUAACAAGGAUGAUAAGAGAUGCAAAAAAUGAUUACCUUGCAAAGCAUCCCGAACAGGCUCAUCUGUAUCCAGAUAAUGAAAUGUACGAUACGAGAGAUGAAAAUUAUGUCAGUUCUGACGACGAUAACGCGACCUAUUAUUGCGAGGUUUGUGAUAGAGAUUUCCCAUCUGAGGAUACUCUCUCUGAUCACAAAUUUACACACAUGAUUUGUGGGAUUGAUGGCUGUACAUUUUCGGCGCAUCCCUUACUGGUUGAAAAACAUAUUAGUAUGCAGCAUCGUACUGGUUUGUACCAAAAACUGAAGGAUUUAUCGACACCAGAAGAUAUCGAAAAAUGGAUAACGGAACGAAAAAAGAGGUAUCCCACUGAAGACAACAUAAAAUUACGUAAGGCAGAAGAGCUAGAAAAAUUACAAAGGGGGGAAGUAAUCAAACAGAAUUAUAAUAUACGAUCGAAAACAAAUAGAACAAUGAAUACACGUGAGAAAAAACGUAAGCCUCGCAAACGGCAUACACGCGAAAUUAACAGCAAUUGUAUCAGCACAGAUGAAACAUAUAGAGGUGUACGCCCGUUUGCUGGAAUAACUGAUUUGCAAGAAGAACCUGGUGCAGUUUGCUUAGAUAAACAGGUGAAACAAACAGAUUUCGAUGGAAAAGUUAUUGAUAAUAUUUCAGAUGAGGAUGACAUACCGCAAGCAUCUACGGCACGAGAAUGUAUAUCGCAAACGGCAGCAGAGUCCACUAAUUUACCUGUAAUUAGUUCACUUAUCUUACCUAAAUUAGUAGCAGAUUAUGAAAGUGAAAACAGUGAUGAUGGUCCAGAAGAAGUAUCGAUAAAAAUAAGAAAAACUGAAGAUCUGCAAGAUAAAAUUAUGGAAAAUACAAUUCAUGAGGAAAAUUCUACACAAGUUUGUGAAGAGAAACACAAGGUUGUGAAAGUUUCUAAUAUACAGUCUUGUACCGAUGCGGAUAAUGAAUCAAAUAAUAAAUUUCAAAAUACAGUUGCUAAAAAUCAAAAUAAGCAAAACCACGAGCCAAAUCGAAUGGUUAAUAAUAAAAAUGAGAAAUAUUUUCUACGUAGAUAUCAUAAUCAGUUAUUAGAAAAAUUGCUUUCGCGUUCUAUACAACAUGAGAGAAAUUUAAUUUGCCAGUGUGUAAAAUAUAUUGUAGAAAACAAUUUCUUU